UGGAAUCAUCAUCAAUCUCGUAACGGAACUUUUUUCAGUUCCAUAGCUGUGUGGAGACGACAAGUGCCACCCAUUCCCCCAUAGAUACUGCGAGGCUACACUGCAUCUUUAACCUCUUCGUGGGAAUAAAAGACAUUAAACCUCUUCGGAGAUAACACACGUUGCUUUGCUUCUCCACUAAGAUUUCAACGAGUCGUUUUGCGUGUGGUGUGGUUGCGAUCUGGUUUUGAUCGAUUGAUUGAUUGCUACUUUGGAGCGAAGGGGAAGGGGAGAAUAGAGUGGACCCCAAAAUGUGGUGGAUGAUGGGCGAGACCGGAGGAAAUUACUGUUCUAAGAAGAGCGAUGAUUUGUGUAGCAAUGUUUGUGGCCAGGAAUCAAGUCAAGCUUCGGGGAUGUCAAGAAUUCGCUGCAUUCUGCGUGGUUUGGAUGUGAAAACCUAUAUAUUCCUGAUUACGGUUGUCCCAAUGUGCAUCUUUGGAUUCUAUAUACAUGGGCAGAAGAUCUCCUACUUUCUUCGACCUCUAUGGGAAAAACCGCCCAGGCCUUUCAGGGUCAUCCCUCAUUACUAUAAUGAAAACGUCACAAUGAAGAAUCUCUGCAGGCUUCAUGGCUGGGGUGUCCGGGAGUAUCCUAGACGUGUUUAUGAUGCCGUGCUGUUUAGCAAUGAGUUGGAAAUACUUACCUUGCGCUGGAGAGAAUUGUACCCCUACAUAACUGAAUUUGUUCUCCUUGAGUCAAAUUCUACAUUUACAGGAUUGCCUAAGCCUCUGGUUUUCAGUAGCAACAGGGAUCAGUUCAAAUUUGUUGAGCCCCGGUUAACUUAUGGAACCAUUGGUGGGAGAUUUAGAAGAGGAGAAAACCCAUUUGUCGAGGAGGCAUAUCAGCGUGUGGCAUUGGACCAGCUCCUCAAGAUCGCUGGUAUUACGGAUGAUGACUUGUUGAUUAUGUCUGAUGUGGAUGAGAUACCAAGUGCUCACACUAUUAACCUCUUGAGGUGGUGUGAUGAAGUGCCUUCAAUCCUUCAUCUACAGCUGAAGAAUUAUCUCUAUUCAUUUGAGUUUCGUCUGGAUGAUAAGAGCUGGAGGGCUUCAGUUCACAGAUACCAGAGUGGUAAGACAAGAUAUGCACAUUAUCGCCAAUCUGAUGACAUAUUGGCAGAUGCUGGCUGGCAUUGUAGCUUUUGCUUCCGUAGAAUCAGUGAUUUCAUUUUCAAGAUGAAGGCCUACAGCCAUUAUGAUAGAGUCAGGUUCUCUCAUUAUUUAAAUCCAGAAAGAAUUCAGAGAGUAAUCUGCAAAGGGGCUGAUUUAUUUGAUAUGCUGCCUGAGGAAUACACUUUCCAGGAAAUCAUUGGUAAAAUGGGACCAAUUCCCCAUUCCUAUUCUGCAGUUCAUCUUCCUGCUUUCCUUCUGGAAAAUGCUGAGGAGUAUAAAUUUCUGUUGCCUGGGAAUUGCAUGAGAGAGAGAUGAUCUUCCAAAGUCAUUCAUAAUACCGGCUUAUUGCUAAGCUUGUAGCUUGUACAGCUCAAGUGACUCCUCUCGGAGCUUUUAACUGAGGUUGUGAUUAUUGUGUGCCACUCAUGUGGCUGUAUCAUUGUCCAGUGAGAUAUUCUUUGAGUUCACAUAAAUUCUUUGAUCUAGGGGGAAUUCUGUAUAUAAUUUAGAGUUGGACUUGAUUCAAGGGGAGCAGCAUGUCCACUUAUGAGCAAUUGAAACUUGAAAGCGCUGUUUGAAAACAGACUUGCCUUUAUGAACUACUACUGUGUUUAUCUGGUAUUAUUGUGUGGCUGAUCCCCAAUACGAGACAGAUUCGUUUAAAAUUCCUCACUUUUUCCUGUUUGGGAAGUUUUGUUUUGCAGACAAGUUUAUUUCCUUAUCAUCCGAUUGCUUGGCUAUAUUCAUAACAAUGCUGACUUAGUUUUAUGCAUUAUAUAAAUAUAAUUUGGUUGCUAUCAAUUAGAUACCGUUCCGAUAUGUGAUUUUGCUCAAGUGAAUGCUUUAUGAUGCCCCCUUCUUUUAACUAUUUGGAAUCCCUUU